AUGGUCAACUCCUGUUGUGGUUCCAGCUGCUGUGGCUCCAGCUGCUGCCAGCCUUGCUGCCGCCCCACCUGCUGCCAGACCACCUGCUGCAGGACCACCUGCUGCCGGCCCACCUGCUGUGUGUCCAGCUGCUGCCGCCCCUCCUGCUGUGGCUCCAGCUGCUGUGGCUCUAAUUGCUGUGGCUCCAGCUGCUGCAGGCCCAGCUGCUGCAUCUCUAGCUGCUGCCGCCCCACCUGCUGCCAGACCACCUGCUGCAGGACCACCUGCUGCCGCCCCAGCUGCUGCCGCCCCUGCUGUGGGGGUUCCAGCUGCUGUGGCUCCAGCUGCUGCCAGCCUUGCUGCCAGACCACCUGCUGCAGGACCACCUGCUGCCGGCCCACCUGCUGUGUGUCCAGCUGCUGCCGCCCCUCCUGCUGUGGCUCCAGCUGCUGUGGCUCCAGCUGCUGUGGCUCCAGCUGCUGCCGGCCCUCCUGCUGCAUUUCUAGCUGCUGCCGCCCCUCUUGCUGCCAGACCACCUGCUGCCGCCCCUCCUGCUGUGGCUCCAGCUGCUGCCGCCCCUCCUGCUGCAUUUCUAGCUGCUGCCGCCCCUCUUGCUGUGGCUCCAGCUGCUGUGGCUCCAGCUGCUGCCGCCCCUCCUGCUGCCCCUCCUGCUGCCUGCGCCCAGUCUGUGGCCGGGUCUCCUGCCACACCACUUGCUAUCGCCCCACCUGUGUCAUCUCCACCUGCCCCCGCCCCAUGUGCUGUGCCUCCUCUUGCUGCUGAAUCUCUCUGCCUAUAAUCUUUGUGACAUAGGGAUGUCUCCACAAGUCACAUAAAAUGUGUUAGAGCCAGCCAGUGACUGCGGGAUGGACUCUCAGCUGCCAACUCUUCAUCUUCUGAUUUGGCAUUUAGAGUUGGCAUUCAGUUCUAGGAAAUAAUAGAUUAAAACAAUUGUCAAAUGAUUUUUAUCUGAUACAUCCAUUUUUAGGCCAGUAAUAUCUUCAUCCUACGUAUACACUGAUUGUGAUGAUCUUACAUGGCAUUGUUUUCAUGUGUUCUUAAUAAACAGCCAUUUCCCCAAUACUAAAA